AUCAUGGCCGAGUGGCAACCAGAAUUCAGGUCUCCCAAGACCCCAUCCUUCACCCAGUCCACUACAUCACACUGGUUUGGCCACAUUUUAUCUGCAUGCUACUCUGUACCAGCUGCCACACCAUUUCCUGGCUGAGCUUAAGAAGCUCGUUUUAUCCUUUUGAGCAGAGGUGUACAACUUGUAGCUUUCCAGAUGUUGUUGGAGUCCAGCUUCCCUCAGUCAUGACCAUCCUGGCAUUGCAGCCAAAUGAUAUCUGGCAGGCAACAUAUUCCCCAUUUAGCUAUAAAAAGGGAGGCAGUUGUGGUGCAGUGGUUGACUGGGGACCUACAAGUUUCAGGUUGCAGUCCACCCUUGGCCUUGAAGCUUACUGGUUGAAGCGGGGCAGUGACUGCCUCUCAGCCUGAUUUAUUUCACAGAGUUGCUGUGAGAGUGGAGAGGGGGGUAACCCAGGGCCCUCAAGUGCACGCCGUCCAAUGAUCUGCUCUGCCUUCUGUUCACCUGCUUCUCCCUGAGUGGUGCUUCGCCGUGCUGGUCACACAGGACACUCGCCUGCUCCUGAAGCUCCAAAGUGCUUCUGGCCACAGUGUGCCGCAUUGGAUUUAUCUUGGUCUUAUCUCAGAAAGAGGAUCCAUGUACACCCCGGGCGGCUCCGCGUUGCCCAGUGGGCGAAGGAGGAGAGGCCAAGAUGGGAGUGCCUUGCCCAAGCAGCCUGAGAGGAGCUUGGCGUCCGCAUUGCCUGGGGCCCUCUCCAUCACAGCUCUGUGCACUGCCUUGGCAGAACCCGCUUGGCUACGGAUUCAUGGGGGCACUUGUUCUCGCCAGGAGCUGGGAGUGGCUGACGUGCUUGGAUAUGUUGACCCCGAAUUACUGAAAGACUACUGCAUGAACCCCCAGACAGUGCUAUUGCUUCGAGUGAUUGCUGCUUUCUGCUUCCUGGGAAUCAUCUGCAGCCUCUCAGCCUUCCUCUUGGAUGUGUUUGGGCCCAAGCAUCCUGCACUGAAGAUCACGCGGCGUUACGCAUUUGCGCACAUCCUCACAGUGCUGCAGUGUGCCACUGUUAUCGGGUUCUGUUACUGGGCCUCGGAGCUGAUUCUGGCGCAGCAGCAGCAGCACAAAAAGUACCACGGCUCGCAAGUGUACGUCACGUUUGCUGUCAGUUUCUACUUGGUGGCUGGAGCUGGCGGGGCCUCCAUCCUUGCCACGGCUGCCAACCUGCUGCGCCACUACCCCACUGAAGAGGAGGAGCAGGCCUUGGAGCUCCUCUCUGAGAUGGAGGAAAACGAACCUUACCCGGCCGAGUACGAAGUGAUCAACCAGUUUCAGCCACCUCCUGCGUACACUCCAUAAUGCUGCCCCAGAGGAUGCGGCUGGGGGGAAGGAAAGGCUUUGUUUUGGCCUGACUGCACAGGAUGGUCUUUGGGCACGCACUCCUGAGUCCCGGAACCACGCGCUGGUGCUGCUUCUCCCAAGAAGGUUCGCUCAUUUCUGCAACGUCACGCUAGAUGGAGAACUCGGCUUGGAGAGUUGACGAAGCAGGACCCAUCCCUGCGCAGCGCCCUCCAAAGCCGUCCUGUGUUCUAGGGCAAUUUCCUGGGCGCUCUUCUUUCCCAGGGUCCUUUUCAAUAGUACACAGAACGGUCAGAAUAACUGACUGGCCUGACCCAGCUGCAGUCUUGUGCUUUCUCUGACUCCAAGACUUGUCCUGGACUGCCCAGAUAUUUGCGUUCACGUGGAUAUUCCCUGGGAAGAGAAGAAAGCGCAGCUACUUCAGGAGGAGGUCUCGCCUUGUCUGUCACCAAGAUGGAAUGUGCACAGCUUGACUCAGUGGGGAGGGGGUGGGGAGGGUGGGGGCCACUAUUUUUUUCCAUUAUGAUAAGAUCUUUCGCACUGGUUAUGCACACUCGCAGUAGUGAGUUCAACAGUCCUGCACUGUUCAUCCACCACCCCAGCUCAGAGGCACUGCCUCUUCUGGGGGAAGGUGACUCUCACGGAUAUUCAUGCCUGGGGCAAACACGUUCUGCAUUUAGCACAUCUGAGGUGGAGGCCCUUCUCUAUGCACUGGCUUGUAGGGGUGGGGGUGGGUGACAUACCUUAGUUGAUUCAUGUCCUUGCCUAAAAGAUGUGGCAAGUUUGCCGCUGCCCUGGCUUUGCCUGCUCCCCCAUUCUGCCUCAUGCUACGUAACAGAAGCAUUUUGCACUUUAUUUGCUGUUCUCACAGCCCCCUUCCCUCCCUGCAUGGGGGGGGGUGGGGGGAGAGACUAAUGAACUUGGCAGAACCAGCUCCAGGGUAUUGCCACUACUGAAUUCCUCUUGGAUGGAUCGAACUACUUUUGUUAAAGCAACAGGGCCUCAGCAGGGCCAUCAUUCCAGUUGGCAGCGUCGCGUGCAUGGAAGCACACGCGUGUUACACAGCCCACUUUCACUGAUCACCAAAUAACAAGACUGUAUGCAAAUACUUGGUUCCAGGCUUGAUUUCAAGUAUUUUAAUUAUUUUAAUUUUUUUUACCUGCCUUUGAUUCUAUUCUCUAUCCCCAAAGUAUUUUUAAAAGCAAAAUUAAUCCAGUCCCUCAGCAAGAGGCAGGGCUCCUCCUGAUAGUCACAGGCAGUAAAAAAAAUGGCACCUCAAGCCACUCUAUACAAGGAAAAUAGGACUGGCUUCUGUUUUCUCUUUGAUAAUUGUAACCUCUUGCGCUAAAACGGCUUUGAAUAUGCCAGCAGUUUUACCCACGCGUGGCAGCUGGUUUUGCUGACUGUAGGGGGCAGCUUAUGUGGAAUGGAAAAGUAUGAGAGGGUGAUGGUGGUGGGAACGUAUCAAGUUUUUUUUUUUAAAUAAAGCAGUGACAGUUUGGGGAGCUAAAAAAUAACCUUUGUUGGAAUGUUAUCAGGAGGGAAAUUCGUUCCUAUCGAAGCAGAGUUAAAAGAUCCAGCAACGAAAUCUUACACACGUACUGUGAAGGGCGUGUGUCAUAGUGUGAAUGCUGAAGUUAAAUCCUGAGGGCACUCCUGUCUUUUGAAUUUAUAUCUUGUAUUGAUCUAUUAACUUCUCUGUCAUUCUGAUGCUUGCAUGGGUUCAUGCAGAGGAUACCAUGUGCAAUGCUUGAGAUUCCAGAUAUGAAAUGUUAAAUCUCAGCAAAUGGGAGGGGGAAGACUCAUUUAUAUUUUCCUAAUUGCUUGUAAGAAAGCUGGAGAGCUAUUUAAGGCAUGUCCUCUGAAAAAAUAUAGUGGGAAAGGUCAAAACUAGAAUUUUGGAAUAAUCUGAGUGUAGAAAGAACAGUUACGCUGUUUGCAAGAGAUCAGACGAGGGUUUCAUUCAGCUCUGUUCUGGUGGGUGAUGCACUCAUUGCUUCAUUUUGUUUGCAGCUAUUGCUCAUCUUUUCCAGAGGAAGGUUUUCCAUAUCUUCACAAGGCAGACUCCACCAGAGUCCCUCCAGAUUGCUGCAUAUGAAGAAAAGAGUUUGGCUGUAAAUAGUGUGCAUAAGUUUAGUAUUGCCACCUAAUCUCUAACUUUUGGAUCUUGAUGGGAUUGAUGUAAAGUCUGGGGAAUGUUUUGCUGGUCACUCUCUUUCGGUCUUUUCUUUUUCUGGCCCCAGAGGGAAAAUUAUGCUGGCAGGACUGCCACUUGGUGAAGGGAGCAUGACCCAUCUCCAGAACUGAGAUGGUUUUUACUCAGUGUGUUUCCACAGAGGGUACUUGACCAAAACGGCUUUCAUUUAAUCAGUGUACUUUAUUGCUGUGGUUAUUUUAAGAUCUUGAACAUCUUUCAUGGAGCCCUGUUGACUAAUUUCAUCUGUAAAGUCCUGAAUUCCUUUUUCUACCAAAAAUAAAACAAGGAUGUAAAUAGUCUCUCACUGGAUGUUUAGACUGUGGCUCACAAAAGAAAUUAUCACAGACUCGGGCAAUCCUGUGUCCCCCUCGUCCACUGGAAAGCAUUAACCAAAUCAGCUAAUGCUUGCUUCUCUGUAGAUUCAAUAACCAAAGGCUGCUAUGUUGCGUGUACAUAAUAAAACACUUUUCUAAUUUUC